AUGAAAUGGAUCAAAGUCUACUCUAAAGUAUAUAAACCCUACACUCCAUUUAUUAAAAAUGAAAAUCAUGAACCCUGUGAUAAUAAUAAUGAAAUAGAACAAAGCAAAACGUCUACUAUAAAUCCGAAAGAUAUUGAUAAAAAAGUUAGUACAACGGAAAUAAAUAUAGUUGUAACUACACCAGAAACUUUUACAACAACAACAAAGAGCUACGAUUUGAAUAUGAGCACAUCCACAGUUCAAUCUACAUCGAACAAAUAUGAUAUUGAAUCCACAACUGAUAUUGAAAAUAUGUUUAGUACUUCCACUACUAAUUAUGACUUAAACGAAACUACUACCGAAAGUAAAAUUGAUAUUACAACAACGUCGGAUAAUUGGAAAUAUUAUACUACAGAUUACAGUUCAACAUCAUCACCAGAAUUAACAAAAACGGAAAGUAGCAGUGAACAAUCAAUUUCUACAGAAUUACCAGAAAUUACAACUGAAGCUGCCUUGCAUGAGAACUAUGAAACUACAACCAAUAAUGAUGUAACAACUGAAUCAUACUUAAAUUAUAACAGCACUCAAGAUAGUACUUCAUCAUCACUUAUGGAAACAACAACAUGGUCAUCAAACGGAAUAGCUACGUCAUCAUCAUUACCUGAAACGACUGAAAACUGUAUAACAGAAAAUAUAUCAUCAGAAACAGCAACCACAGAAACUAUAACAACAGAUUUCGCUAGUAAUGCUGAUAUGACAUAUAGUACAACUGAUGAAUCAUACAUUACAGAAGCAACUAGUGGAACCGAAUUCACAACUACCGGGUCUUCAGAUGAACUUUUAACGCCAACAGAAACCAUUAUUACGUUUUCCACAACAGAAAUGAAUCAACUUACAACUGCUGCAGAAACUACAACAACGAGGCCUACAACAAUAGAUUAUACCACCGCAGAUAUUAAUAAUUUCAAUGACACAACAACAGAACUUACAAGUGAAACUACAGAAUCUACACUAAGUCAAAUUUAUACAACAAAUACUUAUUUCUCAGAAACUACAACAUAUGCAACUAGUACUGAAAAAUAUACUGACUUUCCGCAGUCAUUAAACACACAAGACUAUUUCACUGAAGAUCCAUCAUUAAGAACUACAACAAGCUUUGAUAAAAUUAGUGAAAUUACUGAAGACGUUUAUAACGAAUCAAGCGUAUUCCCUACCCAAACUUCGUCUACUAUCAUUUUUGAGACGACAAGUGAUAAUGAAAACUGGUUAUUUACUGAACCUACAACAGUUUAUUUGGAUUUAUUGAGUACAUCUACGGUAUAUGAACAGUAUGAACCAACUACAACAUUUUAUUCUACAACAGAAGUUAACUUUUCUGAUUUAUAUUAUAAUAAUACCACAACUUUUGAUAGUAGUACAACUGAAUCCCUUAUAGAAGCAACAUCUGAAUUUUUCGACACUACUCAAAAUACUUCAACUAAAUAUGAUGACCAUGAUGGAAGUACAGAAUCAUUAUUAACAACUGAACCGCUUCCAGAGACAACAUCUAUAUCUUAUGAUACUAAUCAAGAUACUUUCACGGAAUCUAAAGAUCUUGAUGAGAGUACAGAAGCAUAUUCCACAACAGAAUCGAAUUACUCUGAUUUAUACUACAAUAAUACUACAGCUAUUGAUAAGAUUUCAACCGUACCACUAAUAGAGACAACAUCCGUAUCCUAUGAAACAAAUCAAGGUUCUUCCACGGAAACUGAAAACCAUGAUAGAAGUACAGAAACAUAUUCCACAACAGAAUCGAAUUAUUCUGAUUUAUAUUUCAAUAAUACUACAGCUAUUGAUAACAUUUCCACUGAAUCAUUUAUAGAGACAACAUCCGUAUCCUAUGAAACAAAUCAAGGUUCUUCCACGGAAACUGAAAACCAUGAUAGAAGUACAAAAACAUAUUCCACAACAGAAUCGAAUUAUUCUGAUUUAUACUACAAUAAUACUACAGCUAUUGAUAACAUUUCCACUGAAUCACUUAUAGAGACAACAUCCGUAUCCUAUGAAACAGAUCAAGGUUCUUCCACGGAAUCUGAAAACCAUGAUGGGAGUACCGAAACAUAUUCCACAACAGAAUCGAAUUACUCUGAUUUAUACUACAAUAAUACUACAGCUAUUGAUAACAUUUCCACUGAACCACUAAUAGAGACAACAUCUGAACCGCACGAAACUAAUCAAGGUUCUUCCACGAAAUCUGGAGACUUUGUUGGAAGUACUGACUCAUAUUCAACAACAGAAACGAAUUACUCUGAUUUUUACUAUGAUAAUACUACAGCUAUUAAUAACAUUUCCACUGAACCACUAAUAGAGACAACAUCUGUAUCCUAUGAAACAGAUCAAGGUUCUUCCACGGAAUCUGAAAACCAUGAUGGGAGUACCGAAACAUAUUCCACAACAGAAUCGAAUUACUCUGAUUUAUACUACAAUAAUACUACAGCUAUUGAUAACAUUUCCACUGAACCACUAAUAGAGACAACAUCUGAACCGCACGAAACUAAUCAAGGUUCUUCCACGGAAUCUGGAGACUUUGUUGGAAGUACAGACUCAUAUUCAACAACAGAAACGAAUUACUCUGAUUUUUACUAUGAUAAUACUACAGCUAUUAAUAACAUUUCCACUGAACCACUAAUAGAGACAACAUCCGUAUCCUACGAAACAAAUCAAGGUUCUUCCACGGAAUCUGGAGACUUUGUUGGAAGUACAGACUUAUAUUCAACAACAGAAACAAAUUACUCUGAUUUAUACUUCAAUAAUACUACAACUAUUGAUAACAUUUCCACUGAACCACUUAUAGAGACAACAUCCGUAUCCUACGAAACAAAUCAAGGUUCUUCCACGGAAUCUGGAGACUUUGUUGGAAGUACUGACUCAUAUUCAACAACAGAAUCGAAUUAUUCUGAUUUAUACUUCAAUAAUACUACAGCUAUUGAUAAUAUUUCCACUGAACCACUAAUAGAGACAACAUCCGUAUCCUACGAAACAAAUCAAGGUUCUUCCACGGAAUGUGGAGACUUUGUUGGAAGUACAGACUCAUAUUCAACAACAGAAACGAAUUACUCUGAUUUAUACUACAAUAAUACUACAACUAUUGAUGACAUUUCCACUGAACCACUUACAGAGACAACAUCCGUAUCCUACGAAACAAAUCAAGGUUCUUCCACGGAAUCUGGAGACUUUGUUGGAAGUACAGAAUCAUAUUCAACAACAGAAACGAAUUACUCUGAUUUAUACUUCAAUAAUACUACAACUAUUGAUAACAUUUCCAAAGAACCACUAAUAGAGACAACAUCUGAACCCCAAGAAACUAAUCAAGGUUCUUUCAUGGAAUCAGAAAACCGUGAUGGAAGUAUAGACUCAUAUUCAACAACAGAAACGAAUUACUCUGAUUUUUACUAUGAUAAUACUACAUCUAUUGAUAAUAUUUCCACAGAAUCACAUGUAGAGACAACAUCUGCAUCCUACGAAACAAAUCAAGGUUCUUCCACGGAAUCUGAAGACUUUGUUGGAAGUGUAGACUCAUAUUCAACAACAGAAACGAAUUACUCUGAUUUUUACUAUGAUAAUACUACAUCUAUUGAUAAUAUUUCCACUGAACCACAUGUAGAGACAACAUCUGUAUCUAAUGACAUUAAUGAAGACACUUCCAUGAUAUCUGAAGAUCUUAAUGAAAGUACGGAAUCAUUGUCGACAACAGAAACGAAUUACAGUGAAUUAUACUAUAAUAAUACGACAACUGUUGAUAGCACUUCACCUGAAACGCUUUUGGGGACAAUAUCUAAAUCUUCCUACACUAAUCAAGAUCCUUUCACUGAAUCGGAAGUUUAUGAUGGAAGUACAGAAUCAUAUUCAACAACCAUAGUGCCCAAAUCUGAUGAAUCUAAACUUAAUUUUACCAAUAUUGAUAUAAGAAAUAACUUAUCUAUGGAUCAAGAAGUUGUUGUUGAAAAUGCAACGACACAACCGUCAAAAGACCCCAAAAUAACUCCAAAAAAAAUCACGUAUGAUACAGAUGUCAUGCCUACAUUUGGAGAAUAUUACUAA